AUGAGGUUUCAUAGAAGGUGCGGCGACCGGGUCACAUUGUUAAAUGAAAACCUUACAGCUGUAAGAAAUUUUGUAGAAUUUAACCAUGGGUUGAUAUUGAGCUGCGAGCCCUUGAAGGAUGAUGUUAUAUUCGAAGUGUGCAUUGAUCGGAAGGUCAAUGUUUGGAAUGGCAGUCUCGAGAUAGGCGUUACAACAUUGGACCCCGAGUUUGUGGAACUUCCAGCAACAGCUACUAAACUGAGAAAUACAGCAUGGAUAAUGUCAGGCAGCUCAAUAGUGAAGGAUGGUGUCACUUUGAUCAAUUCUUAUGGACCAGAAUUGGACACCUUACGAGAGGGAGACUGUGUUGGUGUUAUGCGGACGUCCAAGGGAGAAUUGAUGUUCUAUGUAAAUAGCCGAUGUCUUGGAAUAGCAGCAAAGGAAAUGCCACCGAAAUUAUUUGCUGUCAUUGACUUGUACGGUCAGUGCGUACAGGUUUCAAUUAUGCGUGCAACUGAAAUGAGACCAAUUAUGGAGACAAGUUUAGAUCAGAUAGAGGAAGAUCCUAAUAAUGAUGAUACAUUGACAUCAAGUGAAAUGGAAGUAGCCGGUGCUUGUGCUCUUGUGCUUCAAGACCGGCUACGAUUUCAUCCAAGAUGUGGUAUAUUGAUAAAGCUGACUGCUAAUAACAAGUGUGCAGAACGAGCACGCCCUUUGGACGACUACAAUAACGGCGUAGUGAUGACACAUCGACCACUUCAUGAUAACGAGCUGUUCGAAAUACGGAUUGAUAGGCUUGUAGACAAGUGGAGUGGCAGCAUUGAGGUGGGAGUAACAUCGCAUAACCCUGCAACUUUGAGAUUCCCAUCGACUAUGACGAACAUGGACACCGGUACGAUCAUGAUGUCUGGGUGUAAAGUGCUGAUUAAUGGCCAGGGCACUUGUAUGGAAUAUGGCAAUUUUAACCUGGAUGAGUUGAGAGAAGGUGAUACAGUGGGCAUGAUGAAAAAAAGUAAUGGCCAUUUGCCAUUACUUUAUAAAUGGUCUAGACCAAGGCGUUGCUACUGA